CGAUAAGACUGAGUUGCCGACUUUAAUCCAGUUGGUCAUAUUUAGUAUAAAACAAUGGAUAUUUCAAGACUCAGAAAAAUCCUCUUUUUUUACGCCAUCUUCUACGCUACCCUGAUCGCUUUAUUUGGGGUCAUGUUGGCCGUCUGUUGCCAAACUCUAGAUGACAACAAACCUAAACGUCAUGGAGUUGACAGUCUGAUCGGAGGCAACCCUGGUUCAGCCAUCCACAUUGAUUUUUCGACAACACUGAAAAAACACUGUUUUCUAGGCCUUGCCUUCAGACCGAUGCCUCCAGACUCCAAAAGUACCUUAAUCUGGUACAACACCAAAGAACCUAAGGACGUUCAGUACUGGAUCGAAGAACUAGAUAGUUUCCUAGAAAAAUACCAUAGUCAAAACUCCUUCGAAACCGUACAGAACUGCAACAGAAAUAAACAACCAGAUGAAAACAAGUUCUGCGCAUUUCAGCUUACUCCCGAUUUUGCGCCCUGCACCAAAGAUUACCGAUACGGUUUCGAUGGCAAGGAGCGCGGAGGACCGUGCAUUUUCCUCAAACUGAACAAAAUUUUUGGUUGGCAACCUGAGUUUUACACGAACGCGACGGCGCCCAGCGAAAUGCCUAAGCACUUAAGGGAUCACAUCGCCAAGGAGGAGCUGCAGGAGAGGCAUCAAAUAAUUUGGGUGGAUUGCAUGGGUGAGAAUCCCACAGAUGUUGAAAAUAUUGGUCCCAUCAACUACCAUCCUCAGAGGGGUUUCAAGGGAAAGUAUUUCCCUUUUCACAAUGUCAAGGGCUACGUCAGCCCGUUAGUAGCAGUGCAUUUUGAACGUCCACAACGUGGCGUCCUCAUCAACAUCGAAUGCAAAGCAUGGGCGCGCAACAUCAUCCACGACCGCGUCGACCGAAGAGGUUCGGUCCAUUUCGAACUGAUGGUCGACUAAAACCCAAAACGCAAAAGUUCAGCGAGUGGGGCUCUAACAACUGCCAUAAAAAUUUCGAAAAGGAGUCGAAUCACCAAUAAGUGACGGUCUAGUUAGACUUUAGUUUAAUAAAUUAGUUGAACUUUUAUCAUAAUAGAGCAGCGCAAUUUGAUCUUUGACCCUUUUUGCUAGUAGUUCGAGUAUCGGAAAAUUAGGGAUCCAGACACGAGCAAGCAGACGGUAGAUAGCGCCACCGCAUCUCAAUCCAAACUCCAUAGGUAAACUGUCAUUGUUAACUGAUUUCCGCGAGAGGGCGCCGCCUCCGCGCCGGAAAGCGACAUUCGAGAGCGUGCAAAGCACCGUAUUCAUGUUUGUGAUAGGAGCGAAUGUGUUAAAUUACAGCUGAAUUGCGUUCUGUACAUAUUUUCUUGUUCACUUUCUGUUGUACUUGUAUUAACUACCGUACUAAGUGUUACCCAAGCAUUGGUACAGAAUGACGUGAGCAAAUGAAUUUAAAAUUAAAUUGUUAUUAAAAAAUAAUAAUAAUAAUAAUAAUAAUAGUAAUCAAUGUUAUCUGUACUUCAUAUAUAGUUUAGGUAGACUCUAGACAUUCAAAUUUAUAAGUACUUAUUUACUAGGAGCGUACUUAAACUGUAAAUCGUUUACUGAACUUCUCGCCUUAUCGUUUAGUUUCGAAACGCACAACGUCAAAUUGGAGUUUUUGUGGCGACCUCGGUCCGUCUCGUGUCCAGAUUUUCGCUCCAAGUUCAAACACAUAUCUUUCGUUAAACCGAACGCACGUUUUUCUAGUCGCACUUCUCGAUUAAGUCGUAAGCCGCGUUCUUGGUAACAACGAUUUCCGGUAGGUGGACACACCUUCACUUCGAUAGUCGCUUCGCGCAAAAUGGCCGCUUUUGUUCUUCGGACGUGACAGGGUGGGGCAGGCCCUUCAACGUCACAAAAUCGGCCAUUUUGUUUAUAUGUUGCCGUGGUAAUUUUGUUUUUGCGCACCUACCUAAUGCGAGUGUUAGGAAGAGAUUCGCUGCAAAAAUCGAAAGGUGCGACUACUAAAUUUGAAUGUAUUUUUCAUCCAGAUGAAAGAGGAAGGCUAGCAAAUCUCUGGACACUAGACGAAGUGGUGCAGCGAUGUUAGUUCACGAUCUGUGUUUUUUCUUGGAAAUGUGUUGUUAAUUUAUUCAUGGUUAUGUAAAUAAAAUAUGUUAAUCACGAUUCGCCUCUGGAUUUUAUUAAUUAUGUUUGAAUUAAGCCAUGUGUGUGCACACUGUAAUUUAUUUAUGCUUUAAUGUAAUUUUUUUAAGAAAUCAAUAAAAAUGAUAAUAAAUUGGUUCCAA